AUGGGGGGCAAGAGCGCAACCAAGGCCGGCUACUUCGACAAGCUGAAGGGCUUGCUCGAGGAGUACAAGUCCAUCUUCAUCGUCACCGUCGACAAUGUCUCGUCGCAGCAGAUGCACGAGAUCCGUUCGUCCAUGCGCGGCAACUCGGUCGUCCUGAUGGGCAAGAACACCAUGGUCCGCCGUGCCCUCAAGACCUUCAUGGCCGACUCGCCCGAGUACGAACGCCUGCUGCCACACGUCAAGGGCAACGUCGGUUUCGUCUUCACCAACUCCGACCUCAAGGAGACCCGUGAGAAGAUUCUCGCCAACCGUGUCGCUGCCCCAGCCCGUGCCGGUGCUGUCGCUCCCGCCGACGUCUACAUCCCAGCUGGAAACACUGGUAUGGAGCCCGGCAAGACCUCUUUCUUCCAGGCUCUCGGUGUCCCAACCAAGAUCGCCCGUGGUACCAUUGAAAUUACCACCGAUCUCAAGCUCGUCGAGGCCGGCAGCAAGGUCGGUGCUUCCGAGGCCACCCUCCUGAACAUGCUGAACAUCUCUCCCUUCACGUACGGUAUGGGUAUCUCCCAGAUCUACGACCAGGGUCAGACCUUCGAUGUCAGCGUUCUGGACAUUGAGGAGUCCCAGCUCCUCAAGGCCUUCUCCUCGGCCAUCACCGCCAUCACUUCCAUCUCGCUCGCCCUCAACUACCCAACCCUGCCUUCGGUCAUGCACAGCCUUGUCAAUGGCUACAAGAACGUCAUCUCCGUCGCUCUCGAGACCGAGUACGAGUGGGAGGCCAUCUCCGAGCUCAAGGACCGCAUCAAGAACCCAGAGAACUACGCUGCGGCCGCCCCUACCGCAGCCGCCGCUGCCCCAUCUGGUGGUGCCGCCGAGGCGCCAAAGGAGGAGGCCAAGGACGAAGAGGAGGAGCAAUCCGACGAGGACAUGGGCUUCGGUCUGUUCGACUAA